CCCAUCCUCACGACGGUUCCACAGCUGGAAGUGCUACAAUGUGAUAGAAGCUGCGCCAUCUCUGGUUCCCUUUGCGGCAAGCCCACAGAUACGGGAACUCUGAGGGAUGUCUCGGGAAAGCUUCCAAGAUCGCUGGUUCGAGGCCAAGACGGACGAAGAAGCCAAGAUUCUAAAGUGUAUUGGUGGCAAUGGCUGCCGCUGAAGAGCAGCGUACACUGCGCAUUGCUCCGACGACACCGACGCUUCACGAGUCGAAAAUCCCUCACAAUCCCCUCGACAGCCUUCCCGAUGGCGUCACCACAUGCUGGGCUGCAGUCGCAACACAACAAUGGAAGACAGAGGUCAAGGAUGGCACGGUGAAACAUGAUGAUCCUGUCCAUACAACGACCCCAACAGAAGCCAUGAGCUUCCGCGGCCUAGCCGUGAGUUCCGAUAAUCGCCUGACGAAACGAGAAUGCCUGUACGCCUGUAGGCGUAGUUGUUCGGCACUUGGUUCGACAUAUCUGCGCUGGUUUAGCAGCAAUAGCUCGAUGUUACGUAAGACUAGCGAGAGCAUGAAGAGCUUUGUCGAAAAGGUCGAGGGUUCAGUCCGAGCUCCACACUAGCCAUGCGUAAGUCUACCAGUUUUCUUCUUUUGUUCUUUUCUUUUGAGUGUAUGACCCCGAAAUCUCGGCAGAGUCUACGAUGGCGCAUCGGAGCCUGGUCAGCAAAGCAUCAGAGCGUAUAGUCGGACAUUGCAUUCACUGCUGAGCUGGCCAGA